AUGAUCAGACACAUUUAUUCGUUCGUUGCGGUGAGACACAGACUCAGCAUGUCGAUCAAAUCCGCCAAAGCCUCGAUGUCAUCGAGGACUUGGUCACGAGUAUUGUGGCAUCUUCUUCGAAUUUGCCUUUCAUUCUCAUUGUUAUUUGUCGAUAACGCCAUUCUCGUGGUCGCGGGAUUAUUUGCCUAUCUCCGGUCAACAGCUAUUCGAUUCCGAGCGACCCAACGGAAUGUACACUUUUACCCGAAAACAGUCCUCAUCACUGGCAUAGGUACGACUCACGGCCUGGCUCUGGCAAGAUCAUGGGCUGUAGAAGGCCACCGCGUGGUUGGGGCCGAUGUUACAGACCUAGAUCUGCCCGUGCGUUCCGGCGGGAGCAUGUCCAAGGCCCUGGUGGCAUUCUACCAGAUUCCCAAGGACCAUUACAUCUCCCGGCUACUGGAUGUCAUUCACCGCGAAAAGAUCGACAUGUGGAUCCCGUGCUCGCCCAAGGCAUCCUCCAUUGAAGACGCGACGGCCCGUCAGGUCGUUGAGAGUCGCACUAGCUGCAAGUGUAUCACCUUCGACACCGAAUUGGCGGCUUGCUUCGCCCAUCCUGAUUCUUUCAGGCAGUAUGUGAUUGAAAGAGGUCUUCCUGUGCUAGAACAUCACAGGGUUCAAUCGCGCGACUCCGUACACAAGAUCUUGCACCGGUCGCCCUCCAAGAGCUACCAGAUCUCACGAGCAGCUCCAUCUGCAAAUGAGAAAGCUUUGAUGUUGCCGAGGCGUACGCUGAGCAAGACAUAUACGGUAGUCAGCGAGAUUCAGAUCUCCAAGGAUCAGCCCUGGAUUCUGCAGCAACAAUCUCGUCUCGGAGAGAUCUUUGCAGACCUACUGAUUGUGCGUGGCCACGUUCAAGCCAUCAAGGUGCGGGUUUUGGAGGCUGGUUCGUCUACAUGCGGUGUAUCUGCAUCGCGCCUAGGUGAGGCUCUGGCCGCUUCGGCCCAUAGACUCAUGCAGAUAUUGGCAGCCAAAGGUGGUGUUCGCUCGACAGGUCAUCUCUCCGUCAGACUCAUGGUCGAUGAAGAGUUCAAAGCGAAUUCUGUCCGACACACUAUCUACAUCGCCGGCUGUACACCUGGUGCCAAAGCUGUCGAUAAUUUGCUGUAUGAUGUACCUUUCUCCAUUGCAGGAUAUCUAUCUGUGUUCCCUUCCAAUCCAGUCGAUACAGCCAACAUCACAGCCAAUGUCACAGCCACACUGCCAUCAACCCGCUCAGCCCCAACAUUUGCCCGAGUCGCCAUUCUUCCCGCUGCUUUCUUGCAGUUUUCGUUGUUUCACUUUGCACUCACGGCACUUGAAGUUGUUGAGGCAGAACUAGUGAGACUGUUGUUCUGGAAAGACCCCUUGUUCUCUUUUCUUGAUCCGGUUCCCUGGUGGUGGCAAGUUCAUGUCUAUCAACCUUUGCGCGAGAUCUGGGUGUUGAUGAAACAAACACGAGAAGCAGGAUUGACUUGA